UUGAUUGAUUAAUUUUAUAGGCGACCAACCACUACCAGUACAAUAAUGUUCAAAUUCGAGGUUUAUGUAAUUUUAUUUAGAUUAUUUUAUUAAAUAUUUUAACAGUUUUUUUGCCAUCCAAUUGCUGUCGUUGCGUACAAAGCUUUUUAAAAAUAGUAAGAUAUGUCGAAUCAACAACGUCUAGUGAAAGAUGUAUUUUUGUGGAGUAUGGCUGCCAUAUAUUUGUUUGCAUUCGGAUCUCUCUAUGUUCAAAUACCAGGUCUUUAUGGUGAAUCUGGUCUACUACCUGCUAAAAACAUUUUGAGAAGAGAGGCCAAAUCUUCAAGCUACAAGAUGUUUCUUCAGAAGCCAACGCUAAUGUGGUUUGUUCGUGAUCUUGGUCUAACCACUGAGACAGGAAUGAGUUUUCUUUGUAUCAUUGGUAUAUGUCUUGGUAUACUGGGUAUCUCAGGCAGGGCUUGGCGGAGUUUCAUCUCGUUCUUAACCAUGUGGUUUCUGUAUUUUUCACUGUAUCAAGUUGGUCAAACUUUUUUGUGGUUUCAAUGGGAUAUUCUGUUACUUGAAGCUGGGUUCUUAUGUCUCUUGGUAGCACCUAAGAGGAAGGCAAGGGUUCUGUCCAGUCCUCCUCAUGAUUCAAUAUCAUUGUGGUUGGUAAAAUGGUUGUUAUUUCGGUUAAUGUUUGCUUCUGGUGUCGUCAAACUGACCAGCGGAUGCCCAACGUGGUGGGGGUUGACAGCGUUGGACUGGCAUUACGAAUCACAAUGUAUUCCGACACCAUUGGCAUGGUUUGCCCACCAGCUUCCAAAUUGGUUUCAGAAAUUCAGUGUUGCAAUGACAUUCGUGAUAGAAGGUCCAAUUCCGUUUUUGUUCUUUGCACCAGUACGAUCGCUCCGUAUUUUUGCUUUCUACCUUCAGGUAAUUUUCCAGCUGCUGAUUAUCGCUACCGGAAAUUACAACUUUUUCAACUUGCUGACUAUUGUCCUGUGUUUUUCCCUUCUCGACGACGACCAUUUACCUUUCUUUGGAGAACAAAAUAAUGAUGAAGCGACAGAGAAGUCUCGUCAUGAAGCAACAGGGAGAUCUCGUCAUAUCCAGACUAUUGUCUGGUAUAUCAGGAGAUGCACAGUAUUUCUUGUCAUGUUUGUGUUGCUGUAUUGGACUAAACGUUUUUUCGCGAUGAAAAUAAACGGCAAGGAUUUCAUUUACACCAAAGUAGAUUUCUCUCAUCCACAAUUCAAUUAUGCCCUAAGUAAGAUUGUUCCCUUAUCUAUUUGGCUUGGCGCAAUAUCUCUUUCGUUUGAAAUUGUCCGCAGUUUAUUCAGGUCGUUACAGAAAGCUGGUUUAUCGGCAAAGAUUUACUCAUCUUUUCAAUGCUCGUUAGUAGCUGUUGCAGCCAUCUGGGUAUUCUCUAUCAGCUUGGUUCCGUAUUCAAAUCUUGAUAGAACCACACAACAGAAUAUUUGGCCUGUUGUAAGGAAAUGGCAUGACCAAGUUCAACAUUUGGAAAUCGCCAAUUCCUAUGGAUUAUUUAGAAGAAUGACAGGUGUUGGAGGAAGACCUGAGAUUGUAAUUGAGGGAAGUGAUUCUCUUGAUGGUCCAUGGAAGGAAUACAAUUUCCGAUACAAGCCAGGAAUACUAACACAUUGUCCACCGUUUAUCGCUCCACAUCAACCACGACUGGACUGGCAAAUGUGGUUCGCAGCUCUUGGUUCAUAUCAACACAAUCCUUGGUUCGUACAUCUAGUUUACAAAUUACUUGAAGGUGACGCAGACGUUCUUCGUCUACUGGCCAAGGAACAACCAUUCAAGAAACCACCACGUUAUGUCCGAGCCCUGCUUUAUAAGUACCAUUACACCAAAGUGAACAAGAAUAUAGGUUCCAUUGGAGAUUUUGUUCGUAAUGUCAGAUCAAUCAAGUCUUGUUGGAGACGUGAAUUCACUUCUGAGUAUUUGCCUCCUGUGACGAAAUCAGAGCCUACGCUGGAACAAUUCUUAAGUCAUUAUCAACUUGGACCUAACCAUAAAGAUCGCGAGCUUUCAAGUGGACGUCUCCACCAUUUUAUUGUUUAUCUUCGUUCCAAAGUUCUCUUAGUGGAUCCUCUUAGAUUUUUGGCUUAUCUUUUCUUCACUGGCAUCAUUUUAAGUAUUCUGACUGAACAAAAAUACAAGAUAUCUUCUGCAGGGAAUUCGAAGGUGCACAUCGAUUAACAAUUGAAGAAUAAUCAAUGCAUGGAAAAUUUAUUGCUGACUAUUAUUGCUGCAGCUGUAUUUUUGACUGAAUACAAUACUUCAUGUGAACAUACUUUUUAUAUGAACGUUGGUGAUUUGUGGCGUAACUAGAACGAUUAUUCAUUGUUUAUUCAUAAAUGCAGUUCUGCCUGACGGAUUUCUUUUUAAGUGCAAUAGCUUAUACAAAAUCCGUCUGGCAGAAGUUCGUCAUCAAUAUCAUGCAAAACCCGAUGUCGCCCUAAGGCUAAUCGUAGUUCUACUUUUCCAUAUUUGGCUCGUUAACCUUAAUUUUUUUAAUGUCGUUCGUUUUUUGUUCGCGAGCCUUUGGGGUUGCAUCGCCUAUACGCCGACGACGCAAUUCGUCAUACAAGGGAUACUGAAUUUGACAAAGAAUGCUUGAUUUCGGAAAAAAUACUAUUCUCCCCCUUAGCAUGUGGCUAGCAUAAUUAUAGCAUCACUUUCGUGAAAUGGAGCCUUGUGAUUUGAAGAAUUUUCAUGAAUUCUUGUAGUGAUUGAUUGGGGGGUGUAGGCUACAUUUGAAUAUAUGGAUAUACACACACCCCCCCCCCCUCCCUCCUCCAAUGAAGUUGCUAGCUACGGCCCUGCCCGUAGUUAAAUAAACCAGCGAAAAUGGCAAAAUAAAAGCUGAAA